AUGUCUCUAAACAACGAAGGCUUACGGGAGGUGCACGCCAUACUGGUGCCCCCAGCAAGUGUUAACAGCAGCAGCCAAACGCAAACAAUAACAGAAGGGGAAGAGAAAGAAGUACUGGAGAAUUCUCAGGAUCAAGUACCACAAGUAAAAGAAACAGAACCACUGCUGAAUGCUCCUUCCAAACCAUCCAAUUCCUCUGUUUCGACAACAAGUAAUGCGGAAUUCAUUCCGCACCUGUUCUACGCAUUGCAUCAGAUACGAAAGGACCCUAAUAAUUCGGCAAAUCAUCUAGACACGGCUACUGGGUUUAUAAGACACAGACUCAAGGUUUGCAAAUCUCUUAUUGAGAAAAGUGAGGAUUGCAAGAGACUUCUAAGUAAUUCGACAGAAGAGUGGCAUGGGUAUCUCAGGAACCGUGAAAAAGAGCUUCAAGUGAAACGUGAUGUCCUUCGCGCUCUGGCUGGAAAACUGGAAGCUAUCAAGGAUGCCAAUGGACCGGAUAGCUUAGUACAUUGA